ACGAACGUGAUGGCACCUCAAGAGCGAGAGAGCCGCGGGUGCUUCGGGCAGCUGUCUCCGGUUGUGAAUGCUCUGCGGGAGGACUAUGCGCGUUCGUACUUUCUGACAGGAGAGUUUCUGGAUUCUCUCUACACGGAGUACUGCUUGUUUGCUGAUCCUACUAUUCAGUUCUCAGGACGAGAUUUGUAUAGACGUAAUUUAAAAUUGCUGGUCCCUUUCUAUGAGGAUCCUUCACUCACCCUUGAAAGUAUCCAGCAGGACGAAGAUGGUGACUCAAAGUUCGUCGAAACUUCUUGGAAAUUGAGAGUUUAUAUAAAACUACCUUGGAAACCCUUCAUUGCUGUGGAUGGUCGCACCAAGUACAGCUUAAAUGCCGAAAAUAAAAUCGUGGAGCACGUAGAGAGCUGGAAUGUGACAGCGAUAGAAGCCGUGGGGCAGAUUUUUAAGCCCUCCGAGAGGGCACUUUGGAAGACCUCCAAAAGUUAA